CGCACGUCACGAGUCACCUAGGUUUAUACUUUAUAACGUUAACUUCUCAUUCCGUCCUCCACGCCGCCAACUCCAACCAUGGCUCACUUCUCACUUUCUCAGUUCUCACUCACUCCCCGCCCCUCGCCCGGCAAUGUCUCGUAGAUGUUACCGGGAAAACGGAGCUUAGUUUGUAAAAGACAAUCUCAUGGGCCCCGCUCGUCCAAUUUCAGGCAAGGACAGAGAGUAAACCAAACUUUGCUUUGAAAGUUGCUGCACUAAAGGGCAAGGUGGAAGAGAAAGGUAUGAGUAACACGAGUCACUCUCAAAAGCCUAUUGUUAAGGUGGAGGCCUUUCUCGAUGAACAGAUUAAAAGUGCAAAGGUCCCUGAAGAGAUGGAGGUUGAUAUAGUGAGCUGGACAAAUAAAGUUGAUUUUGCAUCAAAUAAAAAUGAUGACCCUGAUGCCACUGAACACUCAAGUUCAUUUGCCGACACUACGUCUGAUCCUGAAACUAGUUCUAGAUUGAGUGAAGCUGAAGUGGAGUCAGAGCUCUUAGGUGACAGCGGGUUGACAUGCGCCUUUGAUGCUUUUGGCUCAUGUUUUCCAAUGAGGAAGAAGAAGCUGACGGAUCAUUGGAGGAGCUUUAUACGACCUUUAAUGUGGCGCUGUAAAUGGACAGAGCUAAGAAUUAAAGAAAUGGAGUCACAGGCAUUAAAAUACAGCAAAGAGCUUGUUGAAUUCAAUCACAGGAAAUGUAAGGCACCUGAUCAAUUAACAUUAGAAGAAAUUGGUUCAAAAUCGCUACCGUUUACAAGGCCCUUGAGCAGAAGUAAGGCCAAAAAGAGAAGAAAAAGAAAACAAAUUGAAGACACAAUUGAUAUAGGAUCCUAUAUGUCACGUCAUUAUCUUUUCUCUUAUCUUGAGAAUAAGAAGUCUGACCCAGAUGGUAGCUUGGCUGAUGAUUUUGGUAAUCCAGUGAUUGCAGACCCGCAUACUGAUUUGACUGACAGAUUUAGGAUUAAUGAUGAUCAAUCUUUCUUUGACUUUAGCGAUGGUGAUGGUUCCUUGGAGCAGCUCCUUUGGACAAUUGAAAAUGUACAUUCUAGGGUCCACAAGCUGAAGACUCAAGUCGAUUUAAUCAUGUCCAAAAAUGCUUUGAAGUUUUCUUCAUCAGAGAAUUUGAGCCUUCUACUCCAUGGUGAUGUGCAGACCAGCUCUGCUCAUAGUCCUGCAUUCUCCGCUGGGAAUGGAGACACGGUAUCAGCAGGGGCUAUUUGUAAUUCAGCUCAGCAUGCACCUGAGUUUGAUUUUGGAGAUUUGGUUAUGCCUGAUAGUGCUGUCUCGAGUUAUGGAGAAGCCACAGCUAUUCCUGAUAUAAUUGAGAGCACAGUGGGAUUAUUGUCUGCUACAGAUGUUAAUGCUACUCUCCCACAGCCCCAGACCGUGGACUCAUGUGAAGAUAUGGUAGACAAUGUGUUGACACACAAUGAAACAGCUGAAGCAGAGGAGCACGCCUUUAAAAGUGUAAAUCACAAUCCCACUGAGAAGCAUCUGGAGGCAGGGAAAGGUGGUCAUGAAAGUGCACACACGGCUUCUCUCCCAAUGACGGAAUCCAAUAUAGCAGUGAAGUCAGCUUUACCUCACUAUCAGGAGCAAUCGACGCUCAAAUCUUGUUUGUAUAAAGACGUACAUUUUCCCAAUAUUAAAAGAAAACGUGGGGAGCGCAAAGCUGGAUCUGGUGGUUGGAGCAAGAAGUGUUCAGGGGAACCUGAUAGCCAAUGAGUCAUAAAAACUAGAAUAGAGCCUAAAUGUAAUUCUACUUAUCAAGGAUCAGACUGGCUUUUCAAUUGACUUGGUUUCCGCACUUGUCCUUGUAAACAAGAAGCUGUACAAGUGCGAGGCUUCCUGAAGCAGGCUCUAUCCUGAUGAUACUCUUGCUUGUCAAUCACAACAGAAAAGGAAACUAAUCUAA